AUGAGCUUCAUCCUUCAGCUCGCCGGCGGCGCGCUCCAGAGCUCCCUCUCGCUCCGGCCGAGCAUCCGCAGCUUCUCCGUAAAGGUGGACGUGCCCGACAAGCGGCGCCAUAAGAAUGCCGCGAAGACCCUCGCGAAGGCUUUCGCCAAGAGCUACGGAGAGAAAGUCGGACGCGAGGUCGAUCCCGCGAAUCUGAGCCUCGAGUGCAACGGGACCAAACUCCCCAGCGAUGCGACCUGCGGCGAGCUCCUCGACUCGCGGCGCAUCAUGAUCUGCGUGCGCGAGCGCAAGGCGCCGGCGGCGCGCGCGGCCGCGCCGGCCAACAGCACGACGGCGGCCGCGGCCCCGAGCGCGGCCGCGCCGGCGAAGAAAUCGGCCGCCGCGCCGGCGCAGAAACCGGCGGCCGCGCCGGCGAAAGAGGCGGCCGCGCCGGCCGCGAGCGCGUCCGAGACCUGGGCGAAGAGCGCGGCCGCGAACUGGGCGCCGCCGGCGAGGAAAGCGGCCCCGCCGGCGCCGGCCGCGCCGCUCGACGACGACGCGAGGCGCUGCGAGGCGUGCGGCGCGGCGCCGGCGAAGCCGCUGCGGUGCUCCGCGUGCAACGCGGGCACGUUCUGCGGCCGGGCGUGCUUCCGGCGCGCGUGGCCCGCGCACCGGGAGCGGUGCGCCGCGAGCAAGCGGACGCCGUUCCGCCUGCCGCGCGACGACCCCAUGGUCCGCGGCUUCUCGCCCGCGGACCUGCUCGAGCUCGCGCGGGGCCCGUGCCCCGCGGACGAGCGCGCCGCAAUCAAGCGCGAGCUCCACCGCUGGCCCGACGCCGCCUUCUGGGCCGGCGUCUUCGACAUGGAUCCCGUCGACAUGCGCGCGCCGGCGCUCUACCAGCGCCUGCCCAUGUCGCGGGACCUCUUCGCGCGCAUCUCCGACGUCGCGUUCCGCGGCCUGCCGCCGGGCUUCGCGCCGACGCCGCGGCCGCCGGAGACGCGGACGCGGCCCCUCGCGCACCCCUACUUCCCGGACUUUAUCGACCGCGUGAGCGACCGCGCGGCGGAGGUCGUCCUCGACGCGCUGAAGAAGGGCCACAUCCCCGCGCGCGCGCGGAUUCUAGAGGUCGGCUGCGGCAACGGCCGCUUCCUCCGGGCGCUCGGCGCGCGCGACGGCGCCCACGGCCUCCGCGUCUCGGGCGUCGACAUCCUCGAGGCGGACCUCGGCCUCGCGCGGGCCCACGGCGGCGCGCCGCGGCUGCCCUGGUUCGCGCCCGCGGCGCCCGCGCGCGGCGGCUACGAGCGCGUCGUCAACGCGGACAUCACGGACGCGCGGGCGCUCGCGGCCGCGCUCGACGUCGCCGGCGCCGGGCGCUACGACGCGCUCGUGUCCUGCUCGACCAUGUUCUGGAUGGGCUUCCCCGGCGACGCGGACGACGAGCCGCUCGGCGCCGACGAGAAGGAGCUCGGCGCCGCGUGCCUCCGGGGCCUCGCGGCCGCGGUCCUGAAGCCGCGGGCCGUCGCGCUGGUCAUGACCGCGGGCUGGUACGACUGGGGCCACGCCUUCGACGAGGCCAUCCGCGGCGAGCUGCUCCGCGACUGGCUCGUGCUCCGGCGCGGCUGCAUGGUCUUCCACGCGCGGUCGUCGGGCGAGCUCGUCGACCUGCCCUUCUACUGCCACCUCAAGUCGUUCCGGCCCAUCCCGCCGGAGACGGAGCGCGUCAUCCUCGACGAGGUCGAGCUCGCCAUGGACUACAACGACGUCGCGCCGGAGCUCCGCGACGCGACGCGGCUCGUCUCCGUCGCGCCGACCUUCGAGAAGUACCUCGACCGCUGCGGCGCGGGGCCCUUCUGGCUCAUCCGCCACGACCCGCCGGCCGCGCAACAAGCCGUCGCCGAGAGCGACCUGUUCUAA